AUGAACAAUACAAUAAAUUCCUGGACUUCAGGACUAGCUAACUUUUUGAAUAUGGGAAGAAAUCAAAGGGAGAACGUUACAGGAGAAGUAAACAUACCUAAUCAGGGCAAUGAUACUCAUUAUUGGGCCGAUCAGAGUGGCGGAAACAGAUUUAUUUUACAUCAGAAUUUACAUGGUAUUUCGCCAAAAGAUAUUUAUCAAAAAGGAAACAACUUUGUAAAUCCAAUGGAUUAUUCCCAAUUCUCUCCAAGCAUCCCAAACUUUAAAACUGCAGCAUACACUUCACUUUCUGGAAUGAAGCAGAUUGUUUCAAUUACUGAUAUUGGGAGUGUAGUUGCUCAUUAUUAUGAUCUUGGAAAGUAUGUGGGGCUUGGUGGAGCAAUCCGAUUUUUCAUGCUUUGCAAACAAAUAAAGCACUCAUUUAUAAAUAUUUCAUUGAACGAUGAAAACAUCAAUAUUGGUGUUUAUUCUUCCUCAAUUGAUCAGGAUUCUGGAUUUUCAUAUCCAUUAAUAAUACAUAACAAAAAAUUUCAUUUAUUUGGUACCGUUCCCACUUUAAGAUACAUUGCUAAAAAGAUUGGGGAAUAUGGAAUUGAUGCAUACAGAGAUUAUGCUUUGGAUAUAUUUUCAGAAACUCUCUCCGAGUGGAGAAAUUUGUUGCUUCUUGCAAUACUUGAGAAGAUAUCAGAAAGUAAAAUAUUCCAAGAUACAAAAGAGGAAGUUACUGAAUCAGAUCUAAACAGCUCUAGAAUGACAAAUUUUAGCAGAAAUAUAAGCAAAGUUAUUGAGGAUACAAAAAAAACCUUUGGAACUGCAAUUACUGAUGAUAACUACUAUAAUAAUUAUCUAAAAUCUAGAAGAAAAUUCUUUAAAUCUGUUGAAUCUAUUUUGGUCAAUUUUUCUGCAAAUCCAUUUAUUCCAUUAAAAGGAGAAAUGAUUGCUCUCGAUACCACUACAACAGAAGGAAAAGAAAUUCCAAGACAAUUAUGUAACUGCCCAAGUUAUUGCGAGCUUUUCUUAUUUAGUAUUAUUUAUGAUGAUUCAGUUUUGAUUAAGGAAAAUUCCAAGUUUCUAAAUGAAAAUGACAUUUCUACUGAAAAAUUACUCGAAGAAUUCCCAAAAUUACAUGAUCUUUUUCAAGCUAUCAUGGCUUAUCCAUUGAUUACACAGUGGUACAAGGAGAUGGAACAACCAUCAGAAACUGAAGAAUCCAGUCAACAUACAAGUAAUAAGGCUACUAAUACUAUUAAUAAUGAAAAGGUGCAAACAGAAUUAAAUGGAGUAAGAACAGCAACUCCAAAAAAGGUUUCAGAUAUUGACCCUAGUAUAUUUGAUCCUUCCGGUACCAAUAUACCAAUACAUAAUGAGCCUCGUACUACAAAUACAAUCACAUAUAGGCUCGCCCCUCCAAAGUCUCAGGUCAUCUUUCCAAAUAAUUCUAAUAAUAAUCAAAGAGUUGAAAUACCCAAUAUAUACCAUCAGACUUGCUCAAAGAACCCAAAUGUUAGUACCAAUACAUUUAAUGCCAUUCGAAUUAACAACUAUGAAACCAGCUUCCGACCAAGUAAUCCUCAACCCAACGUUAAUGUUAGGAUUGCAAACUUUUCUAAAGUUAAUAAUUUACCUUAUCAGAUGGGCCAGGGGCACCAAGUUUCCACAGCAAGACAAUUUAAUAACUAUUCUGAUAUGAGACAAAACACUCAAUACCCACCUUUUGCUCCUUCCACAUUUAGGUGA